CACAUAAUAGGCCAACCGCUUGCAACUUUUUCUAGCUAAUUUGUUAAAAACACCCGUGAGUGCCAACGAUUAUCCACAGUGUCACGGUGAAACUAAAAACAGAAAAAUCAGUAUAGAGAGAAAUGACUGAAAUUUAUAGGUUUCCUGGGCCCUCAUCCAUUCCCACCAAGUACCAAACAGUAGUCAUCAACAAUGCGGAGAGAAAAGGCUUCAAUUCCCAAUCUAAGCGCUUCACAGAAAACAUAAAUGAGAACCCUGGCCCUGGUUCGUACCUGUCUCACACAUCUGCUGCCACCAGUAGUCCAUCCUUCUCCAUGAAAGGAACUGGAGGCUUAGCAUCUAAGGCUCUCCGAGCAGGCCGUCGUCCACAGAGAGGAAUUCCGGGUCCUGACGCCUACAACCUACAGUCCUCACUGCUCCGUAAAAAUGACUUCGGCAGAGGACUUUCCAGAACAUUCCGCCCACCGAUCGCCAUCAAAGCAGUGGCAUCACUCCAAAAAACACCAGCCCCAAACCAGUACAAUGUGUCCUAUGCCGCAGUUCAGGCAGAUUCAGUGGUGUCAGCGAAGGCAGCAUUUGUCUCCAAAACCAGAAGAAACGUCAUUUUUGCAGGUUCAGAAAAAGGCCCCUCUCCAUGCCAUUACAGUGUGAAGGACACUGCGACACAGACCGGCCCUAAAGUGCUCGUCUCCUGCUUUAAGUCCAACUCUGCCAGGAUUCAGCCCCUGGCUGACAGACAGGUUCCAGGCCCAGGAGCCUACAGUCCUUACCAAGCCCCAGAGCCUGUCCAGCGGACCAUCUUACCGAGGAGACACUACCUCGGGAUCUCAGCUCCUGCCAUGCCUCUUCCCAAAGAGCCCCCGGCACCUGGCCCAGGCCACUACGACGUCGUGGACUACGCCGGUCCGCCCAAGAGCCUCAUGGCCAGCGCCGCCUUUGUGUCCGGAACGAGCAGGUGGAGACAAGAGACCAGAGCGCACAGUGGGCUUGGCCCAGGUUCCUACGAACCAGAUGUGCUCACAAAGCAGUCAUUCUUACACAAUCAUGCCAAAAUCUGGAUACCAGCCUAGAGCAAAACAAAACACGAAAUUAAAGUCAUUCAAUA